GGCCCCGCCGGAAGGGCCCUCGCGCUGCCUAGGAGACGGGACGCGAGGCCUGCGGCUGACUGCGCCGGGCGGGCCGCGCCCACCCGGUCGCCAUGGAGCUUCCUCCAGGGCAGUGCGAAGAUCCCCGCGUCUCUGACGAUGACUCGGGCCCAGAACCGGAGCCCGACCCCGACGCACAGGCCGAAGCCUACGUGGCCCGCGUGUUCGGCCCGCUGAAGCCAGGGCUGGCUCCCCCGCGCGCUUCGGUGCUGUCCACGCCCGCAGCCGCCCCUGGCGCCCUGGAGCCCAGGACUGCGUCCAGGGUCCCGACUGUGGGUCCACCGGGCCUGCUGAGCCUGCCCCCAGAGCUGCUGCUCCAGAUCUGUGCCUACCUGGACGCGGGCCUCGUGCUCCACGUCCUGUCGCGCGUGUGCCACGCACUGCGCGACCUUGUACGCGACCAGGUCACCUGGAGGCUCCGAGCGCAGCGCCGCGUUCGCGCGCCUUACCCAGUGGUGGAAGAGGAGGACUUCGACUGGCCAACUGCCUGCAUUGAGCUGGAGCAGCACUUGGCACACUGGGCUGAAGAUGGGCGCCAAGCUGAAUACUUCUGCCUGGCUGAUGGGCACUUUGCUUCCAUUGACUCAGUGCUGCUGCUUCAGGGUGGGACACUCUGUCUUUCGGGCUCUCGAGAUCGAAACGUCAACCUGUGGGACCUGCGGCAGCUUGGGGCAGAGCCCAGCCGGGUUUUGGUCAAGGCCUUGGGCACCCAGAAGGGCAGUACUCAUAAGGGCUGGGUGUGGUCACUGGCAGCCCAGGAUUACCGAGUGUGCUCUGGCUCUUGGGACAGUACGGUCAAGCUGUGGGACAUGGCAGCUGAUGGGCAGCAGUUCGGUGAGAUAAAGGGCAAGGCGGCUGUGCUGUGCCUCUCCUACCGGCCUGACAUCCUGGUGGCUGGCUCCUAUGACAAGAAGGUGACCAUCUACGACCCCAGAGCGGGCCCAGCUCUGCUGAAGAGCCGGCGGCUGCAUUCGAGUGCGGUGCUGGCACUGCUGGCCGACGACAGACACAUCAUCUCGGGCAGUGAGGACCACACCCUGGUGGUGUUCGACCGCCGCACCAACAGCGUUCUGCAGAGGCUGCAGCUGGACUCCUACCUGCUCUGCAUGUCCUACCAGGAACCCCAGCUUUGGGCCGGUGACAACCAGGGCCUGGUGCACGUCUUUGCCAACCGUGAUGGCUGCUUCCAGCUUGUCCGGUCCUUUGAUGUGGGCCACAAGUCUCAGAUCACGGGCAUCAAACACUCGCUGGGGACCUUGUACACCACGUCCACUGACAAGACCAUCCGGGUGCAUGUACCUACAGACCCACCCAGGACCAUCUGCACUCGCAGCCACCAUAACGUGCUGAAUGGGGUGAGGCCCUGCCCGCGCCCUGUCCUGCCCUUCCAGAGCCCAUCCUGCUGUCUGCUGACUCCUUUGUCCCUGCUGCCCAGAUCUGUGCUGAAGGCAACGUGGUGGUGGCUGCAUCCGGGGGCCUGUCGCUAGAGGUCUGGAGGCUGCAGGCCUGAGCACAUGGAUGCGGAUGUACAUGUUGGUCUAUACUGCCAGCAGGCGGGCUGAGCCUUGGCCUCUGUUCUUGGGGGACCUGACCCCUACUGGUGCUGCCUCUGCCCCUGACCCACAGGCUCAGGACACAUGGAGUGCUGGCCAUGGCUAGGCGGGCCCCUUGGCUGGUCCCUGUGGCUGGGGGAGGUGACAUUGUGGUUCUGAGCCACUUGGGCUGCUCCUCACCCCUGGGCCCCAGUUUGGUUGUGACAUGAAUGCCCCUGUCCCAGCUGAGAGCUCAGGAGAAUAAACCUGAUGCACCACA